AUGACCAUAGUUGUCUGGCCCCUCAAGUAUUGCUCAUCGACGCGGGAUGUGAAUGGAAAAACUAUGCUUCAGAUAGUUGGCUCGGGAUAUUUAUCAAACAGUAUUGAAGAUGCAACUGGUAAUCAAAUUGCCAUAUAUGAUGGACAUCCGCUGAUCAUUAAAAGGCAUGCAUUGAAGCAGCAAAGCCCGGUGUUCACUGGGACCAGCUUCACCUCAAAUCCCAUGAGUGGUGUAUCGGCGGCAUUCUAUCCACAUGGUCUAGGCCAUUCCCUUGGAAUGGAUGUUCAUGACGUCCCUUCGGCCUCAAAGCCUUCUGUCAACAAAACGAUUCCUUCAUCUUCGACACAGAAUCCAGAAUUCUAUCGAUAUUUGAGGUUGAGAUUGCCGUUAGAGGCGAAUAUGGUUGUGCUGGCACCUGUUCGAAACUCUCCGUAUAUCGACCAUGGGGUCCUCAGUCGCUAUGAAGAUGUGGGCGGUGUGCGCAUUGAAGAUGUAGUUUUGAUCACCAAGACAGGUUGUGAUGUGCUGACCACGGUGAGAAAGGACAUUGAAUGGCUCGAGUCUGUUGCCUCCG